UGAAACAUAGAGGAAGAAGAGAGCCAUAUUUUUCUUCUUCUUCGUUCGAUUAAAUAUUUUCUUUUUCUUUAAUUAAGAAAAAGAAAAGAAUAUUAACUUACAUUAAAGAUGGUCGGAGAGGCAAUGUGGAAGCUAUUAAUAGUACUGUGCCUCUUAUUCUCAGCGGUGAAAGGUGAAGAUCCCUAUUUGUAUUUCACAUGGAACGUCACCUACGGCACACUCUCUCCUCUGGGUGUCCCCCAGCAAGUCAUUCUCAUCAACGAUCAGUUCCCGGGGCCAGUCAUCAACUCGACAAGCAACAACAACGUCGUCGUCAAUGUCUUCAAUCACCUUGAUGAGCCCUUCCUUUUUACAUGGAGCGGCGUCCAACAGAGGAAGAACUCAUGGCAGGAAGGCCUUUUGGGAACCAACUGCCCCAUUCCUCCCGGAUCCAACUACACUUAUCAUUUCCAAGUCAAGGAUCAGAUUGGUAGCUUCAUCUACUACCCGAGCACAGCCUUGCACAGAGCGUCUGGAGGUUUCGGCGGCCUUCACAUCAAUAGUCGCUUGUUAAUCCCUGUCCCUUAUGCUGACCCUGAGGAUGACUACACUGUCAUUGUUAAUGAUUGGUACACAAAGAGCCAUGCCACUCUCCGCAAGUACUUGGACAGUGGGCGUACCAUUGGCAGGCCUGAAGGUGUCCUCAUUAAUGGCAAAACUGCUAAAGGUGACGCCAAGGAUACGCCUCUCUUCACCAUGAAGCCUGGAAAGACCUACAAGUACAGGAUCUGCAAUGCCGGCCUCAAGACCACCAUUAACUUUAGGAUUCAAGGCCACCCAAUGAAACUGGUGGAGAUGGAGGGCUCCCAUGUGGUUCAGAAUUUGUACGAAUCUCUUGACGUGCACGUCGGCCAGUGCUUUAGCGUGCUUGUCACCGCUGACCAAGCUCCCAAGGACUACUACAUGGUGGCUUCUACCCGGUUUAUGAAGACUGUAAUCACUGGCAAGGGCAUCAUUCGAUACACCAACGGCAAAGGGCCAGCAUCCAAUGUGCUUCCCAAGGCACCUACUGGAUGGGCCUGGUCUCUCAAUCAGUUCCGCUCCUUCCGUUGGAAUCUCACAGCCAGUGCUGCCAGGCCUAACCCUCAAGGUUCUUACCAUUAUGGAUCCAUCAAUAUCACUCGAACCAUCAGGCUCGUCAACUCAGUUAGCAGGGCUGGCGGCCAUCUUCGAUAUGCCAUUAACGGUGUUUCUCACAUUAAUCCGGCGACCCCACUCAAGCUUGCUGAGUAUUAUGGCAUUGCAGAUAAGGUAUUUAAAUACGAUACCAUUCAGGAUGAGCCGACAGAUAAAACUGGAAAGAUUGUCUUACAGCCUAAUGUACUCAACAUGACAUUCCGUAACUUCGUGGAGAUCAUCUUUGAGAACCACGAGAAGAGCAUCCAGUCUUGGCACUUGGACGGAUACUCCUUUUUCGCAGUAGCGGUGGAGCCCGGCACAUGGAGUCCUGAGAAGAGGAAAAACUACAAUCUUCUUGACGCAGUGAGCAGAACGACGGUUCAGGUGUUUCCGAAAUCAUGGGCAGCGAUCAUGCUGACAUUUGAUAAUGCUGGGAUGUGGAACAUUAGGUCUGAGAUGUGGGAGAGAGCAUACCUGGGGCAACAACUUUACGCCAGUGUUCUUUCUCCCGCACGUUCUCUUAGGGACGAGUACAACAUUCCUGACAAUGCUUUGCUUUGCGGCCAAGUUAAGAACUUAUCUAAGCCCCCACCUUACACCAUUUAAUCUCCCACAUCCAUGCUUCUACGUACAAACAUAUGUUGAUUAUGUACCGACUCUUUAAUUUCAUAUGCCAAUAAUAUUCUUCUCGUUUUUCUUUUUUAAA